UCUUAAAAAUAAAUAAAAAUAUCAAUUUUUUAGAAGAUAAAAGAACAAAUUGUAUGAAAUUUAUGAUACGUAAUAUUUAGUAAAUUUUAUCAAAAAUUUAUAUUUAUAUCGUUUGUAACAAAUUGUAAAGAAUAAUUCCCAUUCUUAACGGUAGAUUGUGCUAGUGAAUAUUUAUUACAAUUGAUUACGUUCGCAUAAACUUAUUAAAUACAUAUGGCUGUGAGGAAUUAAUGAAAUAAAAUAUAAUUAUAUUUGUAAUUAACAUGAAGCAGACAUAACUAAACAUACGCGUCGAAGUAGUGUAAUAUUAGAAGUACGAAGGAAAUAUCGUUUCUCGAGAUGAAUACAAUCAUGGGACAAGAAUAUAAUUAUUAAGUAAUAAAUGGAGAAUUACGAAUUUAUAAUUACAAAUCUAUGAUGAACGGGGAAUGCCCGAGUUGUAAACAAAUAACAAAUACAUCAUGUUCGAGGCUUGUAAAGGACAGUUGUGGUCAUACCAAAUGUCGUAUAUGUUUAUUAUAUGAGGAACAAGGAUGCAAAAUUUGUAGUAACGAACAUUAUAUACAAAAUAUUGGGAAUUAUGAUUGCAUACAAUCAACAAAAAGCACUGCAAAUAAUAUUUCUGCCUUUGAUAGAAAUAGUGAAUAUAACGAUGAAAUAGUAUUACCCUUAGAACUAGUUAUUAAUAAACAUUCUAAAUCCAAAACUACUAAUUCUGAACUUGUUCCUAAUGAUUGUAUAAACAACUCUAAGUUAUAUGAUGAAAACUCAUCUAAUAAGAGAAAAGAAGCAUAUAAUUUCAAUGAUGUUAAAAAUGAUGAUAGUUCUAAUAAGUUAUAUAUUUCCAAGGUAGAAAAUAAUGAUCUACCUUUACAUGAGUAUGCACAUUCAAAUGAUAAUUCGGCAAUAGAACCGUCAUCUUAUAGUAAAACACAAGAAAUUUGUGAUUUGGAAAUUAAGACAGAGUUUUCAAGUAAUGAAAAAUUAAUAAAAGACAAAUCUAUCAAAUCUUCCAACCGUACACAUAUUUCAAUAAUACCUGGAACACCAGAAAAAUAUAAAUGUAAUAUUUGCAGUAAAAUUUUUCGAAACAAAAAAGGAAAAUGCUAUCAUGAUGCUUGCUUAACAGGUGUUAAACCUUAUAAGUGUUCCUUUUGUGAUAGAACUUUUAUUAAACGCUCUCAUUUUGAAUAUCAUGAAAGGGUUCACAGGGGGUAUAAACCAUUUAAGUGUAACCUUUGUGAGAAAGCAUUUCCUCAAAGAAAUAAACUCAAUAGGCACAUGUACUCGCAUAAUAAAGAAAAACAAUUUGUAUGUACUAAAUGCAAUAAAAGAUAUAGCAAACGAGAUGAUUUGAAAAAUCACUUGGAUGCACAUAAUGGUAUAAAAAAGUAUUCUUGUAAGGCAUGUGAAAAAACAUUUGGAAUAUUAACCAAUUUAAAAAGACACCUAAAAACACAUACAAAUGAAAGACCACACGUAUGCGAUCAAUGUAGUAAAAGUUUUAAGGAUAAAUCUUUGUUAAUACGCCAUAAAAAAACACACGGAAAAGAUCGUCCAUUUUCGUGUGCACAUUGUAAUCGAGUUUUUUUAUCGAAAAGUGAAUUACGACGACACUUAACUGUACAUUCAGAGGAAAAACCAUUUUCUUGUGAAUAUUGCCAAACUGUAUUUAGGAGAAAAGAUAAUCUACAUCGUCAUAUUAGACAUCAUCAUCCAGAUAAUCCAUUUUGUAAUGUCAAUAAUGUACAGGAUACUGUAUCUAAUAGAAGUACUAGUUUAGAAAAAACCAAGCAAGUCAAUUUGAAACAGAAACAAAAACCAAAAAAAGCACACAAAAUGACUUCUAACUUGUUACCAAAAAGUUCAACUAAAGUAUCAAUGGUUUAUGUAAGUUCUAGCGAUCAAAUCAAUUCUAGAUUAGAUUCAAUGGGUAAUAUUACACCUGUCAUAAGAACUACAAGCGAAGUAAGUAAUGCAGUUCCUGUUAUUAACGGACCAAUUAGUAUUAAAAAACCAGAAGAUAAGACUGAUUCUAGGAAAAAGACAUUCACAUAUACAGAACCGAUACCUCUCGCCGAGGCUGUAGUAAUAAAUAGACGGAUCGAAGAAAAGUUGUAUCCUCAAAACGUAUCAAAUCAUAAUUACUUUUUCCGAAAUUGCUUAAAUUGUACAGAUAAAUCGUAUUCCGAUCACAGAAACGAAACGUCACGUACAAAUCCUAAUAUAAAAAAUGUUGGAUAUAAAACAAUUCUCGAUGAAAAUUCAUUUUCAGAGUCAGAUUCAAGUUUACAAACGACUGUUCAAUGCCACAAUGAGGAAAAAACAAAUUCAUAAUAAAAAAGAUAUCAGACUGAAUAUUGAAAAUGACAAUAAACAUGUAGAAGAUAAUCUCAUAAGAAGUAUGUAAUUAGGUUAUAAAUAUUAAUCGAAAUUCGAACACAAUAUACAUAAUGGAUUUUAUAGUUGUGCAAUUCAUCAAGUAAACAUACUUUGUUAUUAAAUCGACGAAUCGCAUGAAUUUUCGUUUUCACUGGAUAGUUUUUAUACGAAACACUCAUCAACUAUACGAAGUUUACAAUAAAAAAUUAAUAACAAUAAUUUAGUUAUGGUAGUUGAAACAACCAUUGAAAAAACAAUUCACUGCCAAAAGAUUCUAAACAUUCAAACGAGGAGAAAAAUACUGAUAUGUAUACAAUAAAAAGACAUUGCAAUUACAUCAUAAUAUUAAUUUGUGCACCAUUGUAUUAUUUUGAAGUAUGGGUCAGAAGAAUAAAGCUAGUAAAAGGAAUAUACUGGGUGUAUUUAAAAAAUAACAACAUUAGAGAGAAAAUGUAUUAAUUAAUAUUAUAUAUAAAAAAUUUUAGGUUUCUCACAAGGGAUCACUCUGAACAUAUUUGGAAAGAUACAUAUACAUAAGAUUGAAGUAUAAUUGUUUUAAAAACACUAUAUCAAUGAAAUAUAAAAUAUUUGCAUACUUCUGCUUCAGAGUCGUACAUUUAAAAGUAAAUCUUAGUAACUAAUGAAUUAAUUUUAUUUAUAUUAAAAUUAUAAAU